GGACCAUGGUUAUGUUGAAGAUCUCUGCUUUCCUCGUUGCCUACGCCCUGGUCAUUUGCCAGAUGUACUGCUCACAAGCCGCCCCUGCCAGACCGGGUUUAGAGUCCAUGUCAGACCGAGUCACGCUCACGGACUAUGAGGCGCGAAGGUUACUCAACGCCAUUGUCAAGGAGUUUGUGCAGAUGACAGCGGAGGAGCUGGAACAGCAGGCAACUGAAGGAAACAGCAUGGACAGGCCCAUAACCAAGCGCUGCUCCAACCUCAGCACCUGUGUGCUGGGCAAACUGUCUCAGGAGCUGCACAAGUUGCAGACGUUCCCUCGCACAAACGUGGGAGCAGGAACGCCCGGGAAGAAGCGCAGUGCGCCUGAGACCGACAGCUAUGCAAGCUACGGCGAGACGUUUGACAGCAUCUAACCCCCUCCUCAUCCUCCUUCAAACCCUCUUUUACCUUUACUGCAUCUCUUCUUCCUCCUCUACCUUUCUGUUUCUUUUCCCUUUCCUCUUCUCCUGUCCACUUCCUCUCCCAGUUUCUUGCUUAUUGUUUUUGGAUUGACAAGUGCAUGUUGAUUUUACCUGCCUGAUUGACAUGAGAAGAAUAUGACCUUUAACUGCAACCAACUUUUC